AUGUCCAGCCGUGCAGACAUCGCUGUGCGCACAGCGGACCAGGAUACUCCACUGCACUUUGCGAACUGUUUCCAGCAGCUCGAGACCAUCGAGCUGCUCUUAAAAGCAGGUGCAGACCCCUCAGCUGCCAACAGCUUCGGCGUGGUCCCACUGCAUGUAGCUGUGGCAUACGCAGGAUUGGAGCGGUUAGAGCUGAAGGAGGCAAAGGCUACCCUGCUGCUGUGUGCCUAUGGCGCCAGACUGGAUGCCAGGGACCACCACGGCCACACGCCUGCAGCUGUGGCAAGAAUGGCAGGUGCGCGCAGCUCCUUGAUCGAGUUUCUGGAGUCUCCAGGCGAGGAUUUCCGGGCGGCUGCGCAGGAUCUGCUUAACGCCGUGGAUGAGGAGGCGGAAGACUUCGCUGCAGGGUCCAUGUCUCUCAAGGGCAUCCAGAGCGAGAAAACGGCAGGUAGUGAAGGAUUGGCACCGCAAUCCCCCAGCAUGGCGAGGGCGAGAGCCAGCUCGUAUGCUGGGCAGGAUAUGCAGCUCACGGAGGAGAACUCUCGCUUGGCUCAAGAGAACAAGAGGCUCCAAAAGGAGCUGGACGAGGCUCGCGCAAAUAUCCGUCACCUUCAAGGAUUGCUCGACCAGAGCAGGUCGACGAUGGAGCGGCUGAAAAGCGCCCGCUUAAGCGUUUCGGAGGCGCCUGGAGCGGAGGCUUUCCAGGCUGUCCGUGAUGACAUGGAGAAGGAGAUGGGUGAGCUCCGCCAGCGGCAACAAGAUCUUGGCAGAGAUCGUGAAAGCUGGCUGCAGGAGCGCGAGUCUCUGCUCCGGCAGCUGGAGGAGGCCGCGGAGAAGCAGGAGCGCUCCGAGGCUGUGGUGAAGCGCUUGACAGCCGAGCGCAACGAAGCUUUGGACCGAAACGUGGUCAAGGACGUGUCACGCCCGUCUUCCGCGGUCACGCGCCAGGCUGCGGAACAAGCUGCUGAGCUUACACAGAAAUCAGAUGAGCUCAGCCAGAAGGACGCGGCACUCUUCGCCAAGGAGGAGGCCCUCAGCCAGAAGGAUGCCGAGCUUCAGGCUAAAGUGCAAGCCGAACAGGAGGCCCUGGAGGCAUUGCAGUCCAAAGAUGCUGAGCUUGAGCGCCUUACGACUGACCUGCAAGCGGCCAAGUCACAAGUGGACCGCUCCAGCAAAGAUCUGGAGGAAAAAGUCGUGGAGCUGUCGCAGAAGGAGGCCGAUGUGCAAAGCCGGAAGACAGAAAUCCAGCGCUUACACGGUGAGCUCGAGCGACAGGCCGGUGAGAAGGAGGAGAUGUGGAAAAAUCUCACCGAGCUACGAGCGCAGCACAAGGAGCUCCGUGAACAGCAGAGCAAGACCAGCCAGGAGCUUGGAGCUGCGCAGAUCCAGCUCCAGGAGCGGGAGGUAGAGUUGGAAGGCCAGCUGAAGGAGAAGGAGCUGACCAUCCAAAAGCUCGAAGAAGACACCGCGCAGCUGACCGGCCAGGUUACCGAACUCAGCGGUGUGCGCGAGAGAGCGGAGCAAGCAGAGAAGAUGCUGGAACCCUGGAAAAAGCGGACCGAAGAGAUUCAUGAAGCUUUCCAGAAGGAGCAAGCUCUGCGGAAGCGGUAUCACAAUCAGAUGCAGGACAUGAAAGGUGCCAUUCGUGUCUUCGCAAGAAUACGUCCAAAAGUUGCGCGGGAAGCUGAUCAGGAGAUCUCCGUUUACAGACGUGACGCCUUCUCGCUGGAGUGUGCUGCGAAAGACAAGAAAUCGGCCGCCAAGGACUACAACUUUGACGCCGUGUUUGACGAGCACAACUCGCAAGAGGACGUGUUUGCUGAUUGUCGUGGUUUGAUUGGCUCAGCAGUUGACGGUUUCAACGUCACCGUGCCUCGAGCUCAGCUCCGCGGUCAUCUUAUGCACUAG